UAGUUAAGCUGUCUCGUUCUCUUCGAAAAAGUCUAGGGUUUUUCAUCUUCUCCUUCUUCGCCUCUCUCUUCUGAAAUUUAAUCGGAAAGGAAAAAAAUGCCUAGGUAUGAUGAUCGCCGUGGUGGCACUCGCCUUUAUGUCGGUCACUUGUCCUCAAGGACAAGAUCACGUGAUCUAGAGGACAUGUUUAGCCGAUAUGGGAGAGUACGUGAUGUGGAUAUGAAGCGAGACUACGCAUUCGUCGAAUUCAGUGACCCUAGAGACGCUGAUGAUGCAAGAUAUUCAUUGAAUGGUCGAGACCUAGAUGGAAGCCGUAUCGUUGUGGAAUUUGCCAAGGGAGUGCCCCGCGGCCCUGGUGGAUCUCGUGAUCAUGCUGGAAGAGGUCCUGCUCCUGGCUCUGGCCGCUGCUUCAAUUGUGGAAUUGAUGGUCAUUGGGCUCGUGAUUGCAAAGCCGGGGAUUGGAAGAAUAAGUGCUAUCGCUGUGGUGAACGAGGCCACAUAGAAAGAGAUUGUCAAAAUAGUCCAAAGAAGCUGAGCCGUAGACCGCGUAGUUACUCGCGCUCACCUAGUCCCCAACGUGGUCGAAGCAGAAGCCGCAGUUACAGCCGGGGCCGUAGUGACAGUAGGUCAAGAUCACCUGUGAAGCGAGAAAGGAGUUUCGAGCGCGAUGAUAGAAGAUCAAGGAGUCCCAAGCGCCAUAGGCGGUCUCCGUCCCCAACCCGAGGGAUAAAGCAGAGUCCAGCGCGUGGUGAAAGAAGCCCCUCCCCAGCCCGAGGGAGGAAGCAGAGUCCACCGCUUGAUGAAAGAAGCCCACAGGAGAGGCGUAGCCCAUCCCCAAGGGAUGGCAGACAUGCCAAUGGUUCAGAUUACAGUGCGAGUCCCAGGGGAAGGAGCAGAACUCCAGACCGUGAAGCUGAUGCCGAGGACAGGCCUUAUAGGGGCUCCACAAAGGAAAACGGCCAAAGCCGCGGCCCCAGCCCGCCCCCUAGGGAGGACCGAAGCCCGGUUUACGAUGAUGAAGACGACGAUAAUCAUGCUUCUCCAAGACGCAGCGAGUCGAAUUAAACUGCGGUGGUUUGAAUGGUAGGACUUGGUUACAAUCUGUGUUUGCUAGAACUUUUGAGAUCUUAAUAUAUAUUUUGAUGGAUUAGUUGUGUUAUGAGAAAUUAAGAACUUUUAAGAUUUAUUAAACUU